GCGAGAAUAUGCGAGAAUCUCAGGAAGGAUGCUUGCGCACAAGCAGCACGACAGAUUGCCCCAAAAGUCGUCCUCGGCACCUCUGUCGGGCCUCGGUGCUUCUCGAUCAUUUGAUCGGCCAUGCCCGCGGAGCCAGGGCGGUUUACCGCCAUGAAAGACCACUCCCAACAUAGCAGGGAGCAACAGGUGAAUGUACAAUGGCAAGGCCCCAGGCUGUGCGAGGAAUACAACGCCCUCUGGCAAUCUCUCUGCAACGAUUCCCCCGUCACCUUCUCCGAGUGGGUGCUCCGAGCGGUAGAUACGGUGCCGCAGACCGUGACGUGGGAGUUGGAGGCGGCGCUGGAUGUGAAGCCAACGAAAGUCGUGGGCGUUGGGCGAAAGAUGCAUGAGAAGAAUCGGAAGGCCGUGUAUGACGAGACGCAGCGAUUGAAGCUGCCCGCCAUUCCAUCCUACAGUCAGCAGCAAGGCCGGGUGAAGCUGGUCCUGGCCUUGAAAGCCUUUGCAGCCUGGAGGCCGCGUGUGGGCUUCAAUGUGGUGAUUGCAGGCCUGGCAGGGCAACUGAUGGCUGUUUUGGGCAAUGAGAGGCAUACCUUCAAGCUCUUGGCCUUGCUCUAUGACCGGUACCACCUCAAAGAUUAUUUCGAACAUGACUGGACUCGAAGGAGGGAGAAAAUCAUGCUGGAUGCUCAGAAGGUGUGGGACACCACAGAGUACCAAUGGCCAGACCUGUUCCAGAUCUUCCAACGCUUCAAGGGUGGAAAAGAGAUCUUCAUGGAUAUUGUAAGGCAUUUGCUCUCAACCCUUCUGACCGAAGCCCACACUCCAGAAAUACAAGCCUUUGAAUGGCAUGUGCGUCUCCUGCAUCGCCUGGUGCUUCCGGUGGGCACGGUGGUUCCGAAUGAUCCACGUGGCCCACUCAGGCAUCUGAUCAUGAUCAUCAUGGCACGGCAUCAGCAUCUCUUUAUGACAUGCCGAUCGGAAAAGGAGCUGGAGCUCAAGGUGGGUAAUCUCAGGAGAAGCGUGAGGAUGGAUCCAUUGUUGGCCAAACUCUUGGCCAAGGAACCAGGCCGUGAAGAAGUCAACCUCUUUCCCAGCCUCAUGAUUGGUUCAGCCGCGGGCAUUUUCUCCCACCACGUGCUGGGUCUCCUCCCCUCCUUUUUUGAGCCUACAGAGCUGGUUCUUUCCCUCUCGGCGGCGGCUGCUGGUGCCAUUGCAAGUUUGCGUUGGCAAGUGAGAUGUCACAAUGAACACGUGGCGGAUGCAAACCGUGCAUUGCUCGCAGGUGAACGUCGCAAAUCUCAUUCCUGUGUCGUCACAUGAGCGUAGCGACAGGAGCUUCUCACUGACCAAGAAAGCGUCAGACUUAUAUACUUGGCGUCGUCAGACGGGGCGAAGAGAAGAGAAGACACCUAUGUCUCACCAUGAGCAAAGGGCAUCGCUACAAACGGACGCUACUAGAGCUCCUGGCCGUACUACUAGGAGCAAGAACGCUCCAUGUGUUUAGAGAUGUUUAGAGAUGUUUAGAGUUUCACUGUUUCACCCUAGAUUUCUUCCGUUCGGGAGUGAAGAA